UUCACAACAAGGAGCAAUGUCUUUGAAGAUUCCAAGUGAUUUGGAAGAGGAAAUACUCUCGAGGGUUCCCACCAAAUUUCUGUCACGACUCAGAUUCGUUUGCAAACAAUGGAACUCUCUGUUCCAUGACCUGAUAUUCAUCGAGAAGCACUUGUCCAAUCAUGCCUCCCCCCAAGAGUUCAUGUUAUGGCAUCCCCGUUCGUUUUACUCCAAGUUGAUCAAUGUUGAGAUACACCAUAACAGCGACAACAUUGCUCUUUCAUCUCUCAAGUUCCAUGAUCUUACCUCAAGAAAUCCUCCUUCAAAUGAUCGGAAAAUAUGUCGGGUAAUUCACUCUGAUGGGUUGCUGCUAUAUGUCACGAACCAUGGCCUCGAAGUUUCAAACCCAUUUCUGAAAGCUGAAAUCUUCGAGUUUACAUUGGGUAGAUGGAGGGUUCUUGAUGUUCCUUUCUUCGACUGGUUUCCUUCAAGUCUGGGACUCGCUGUAUCAUUCAAGGGAAAUUCCUAUAUGAUUGCCGUGAGGAAAGAUACACCACAAGGAUUCAUCCAAAGUUUCGACUUCGCAACAGAGAGAUUCAAGCCCUUUUCUAACCUACCCUUUAACCAUGUUUAUCCAGGUUACGUGCGCAUAUGCAUGUCGGUUUUAGGAGGAGACCGGCUCUCGGUGUUAGAGCAGUGCAUUGCAAAGAAAAUCAGGAUUUGGGUAACGAAUAAGAUUGGAAAUGGGAUCGAGAUAUCGUGGAGCAAGUUCAUGACUGUUAACUUAGAUUUGUAUUUCAUGGACCUGAAUUUCUUCGUUGAAGAGAACAAGAGGAAGACGCUAGUUCUAUACACUGAAGACAUAAUGGCACAGUCCAUUUACAUUUUCGAAGAGGGUGGCAGGUUCAUAAGGUUGGAUGGACGUCAUAAUUGGCAUCAUUCAAGCAAUUAUGUUCCGAGUUUGGUUCCAAUUCCCUGAAGCAACAAAAGCAAACGUCGGUUUCCAUUGAUGAAGAAUACAGAGCUAUACAUCAGUUGUUUUGUUCCUUUUUUCAUGUCCUAAUAACAAUGUUCUGUCAUGACAUCAAAUCUCUGGAAGAUAUUUUCCAAUGUUCUGUUUC